AUGGAUAGACUCAAGGCUCUCUUCAAACGCAAGAAGGACAAGGGCACCACCGGUACAAAGACCGAUGCACCCCCCGCUGCCGCAGUCCCUCAACCCACUCCUACAGACACUGCUGCAGCCCCGUCAACCAGUGAUCCUGCCACGGCUCCUGCCGCCGCUGCUCCCGUUGAACCCGCCGCAGCCGAUAAGCCAGCUGAUCCUGUUCCAGCUGCUUCCGCCGCUCCCGUCGAGCCGGCCAAGUAA